GCCAAGGACAGGGAAGACGCAAGAGGACGCGGCCAGGGGGACGUAGCGGAGCUAGCGGCGAAGCUCGGAGCGCUCGAAGUGAGCGAAGUUGUAGACCCCGUAGAGCAGAACAUCGUAGAAACGACCAUGGGCGGCGCAGGUAAAAGUGGGAGCUGCACGUCCGGGCCCGCGUCCGCUUGUAGUUCCCGUACUUCUCGAGAAAUUUGGGGCCGCGGUAAAAUCGUCGCCAAUAUCGUCCCUUUCGCCGCCGGAGUAGCGGAUCUGCCGCGGGAGCAGCUGCGGGCCCGAGCACAAAAAAGGCUCGACGAUUAUGUGGGCACGAUUCCGAGCAAGCACGUGAGACUGAGACAGGAAAAUGGGGUAUUGCGCCAGCUGGGCCGCGAUUUUUUGGCUGGCGUGCUGCAGGAAGGGCUGGCGCGGGAAGAGAGCCGGCGGACGGUGGCGCAGCUGAACAGGGUCAGUAAACGCACCGCGGUCCCCCGACCGUUGGGUACGGAAAACAAGGCUCUACUGAAUGCACAGCAGACCUAUUCCUGCCGCCCUUGGGGGAGUCGUCCCGAAAGUGAACCGGUUCUCCUGCGGUCGCCGGGCCAGACGUCUCACACCAUGGUGUUGCACGAAAAAGAGUAUUUCAAAAAGUUACCGGAGAUGCAAGAAUGGACCUUUAUCCUGAGUGAAAACGUCCCGCCCACGAUUCAUAGACGUCAAGAUAAUUACAUGGCAGUUUAUUACACAAGCCAAGAACUACAUGUUUUGACUGUUUUGCGUGAAAACCUUGCCUCUCUGGUUGUGUAGAAGUCUCAGUCAGCUGGAGCAGUUGCGUCACAAAUCGACCCUGAAUGAGGUUGACAAUAGCUUGCCGGAUAGUUAAAAAAAAAAGUUAGCAUCAGAAAAUGCUUCCUGUUCUCAUGGAGUUUGCUGCGCAUGAGACACAAUGUGGACCUGUUGCAGAUUCACACGACAAAGAACAUGGGGCGGUGCAAAAAUUCCUUCAGCAUGACAAAUAUGGGGUGGGGGCGUUUUUGCGCGUGAUCACCAUCACGGGAGAUUUAAGCCGUCUCGAAGGCUGGUCUACCUCCCGUUUUCGCUUGCCGUACCAUAUUGAAAAGUGCCCGCGCGACCCCAAAUGUCGAAGUGCUUGUAUUGCAAAAUUUUUCAAUGCUGGAAACAUAUCCGACCUUGCAUGUAUCAGCAUGACAGGUUUUCAAGCCAGAGGAGCGGAAGUCUGUGUGGCACAGCGCCAGGUAGUAUGUAAGCAGUAAUCGUCUUAUUGAAGUCGUAUAAAUGGCUUUAGGAGAUUCUAAAGCAAAGCGCGUCGCGUUCCGUUUAUCAUCCCCCUGGCAUUUGUUUUCCAUAGCAUUGCAAAAAGUUUCCCUGGGGACGAUGAAAAUUUGCAAUUCAAACUGUUCGGUCACGUCUGGUGGUGGGGCGGUAUUUUUCAUUUUGAUGCGCCUCUGCUUUUCUAUGCGGAAGAAACAAUGUUGGAACACUCGAUUGGCAACCCGGUCGGGUUUCGCGGAUGGCAGAAAGGAGCAAUCCUUUCCCGUAGUUCCCAGCCGGGCCCGGCUCCGGAGGAACCAUUUUUCGAGGCGCGCGGUAUCCUGAGUAAAAACGUACCCACACCAGAGUCAGGAUGGGGAUUUUGCAACACAAACCUAGGAGUUUUGUGAGUCACGCAUGACAAGUUGCGCUCUGCAGUGUAGUGCAGGUUAGCAAGUGCAGCCGCAUCACAGAUUCCUCCGCUCAUCCUGUUCACAGCAUCACAAAUUCCAAAACACGCUUGGAAAUGACUCUCAUGGGCAUGCGCAUUACAAGUCUUCCUGUCUUUGCAAAUCUGCAUUACAACUCUGGUGUGGGUACGUUUUUACUCAGGAUACGCGGAUUGAGAUAUUCUCGACACGAACGCGGAAUGCAUGAUCUGGUGCUGAAGUUUUCCGCAAUCCUAUCAAAAGGAAAAAUCCCCCCUCCCCAUAUCGAAAACGAAAUUUGUGAUGCUGUAUUUGAGUACACAAAUCGACUUGUAAUGCUAGAAGGCCAAGAGACGCAGCUGUGGCCUCGUUUGAAGGCAAUUUGUCAUGCUGUUCCCCACUUCCAGCUGCCCCCUGUCAUGCUGAAGAUGCAAGGCUUUCCCACGCCAACCAGCACUACAGUCCGCAUCUUUUCCCUUCUAGCAUGACAAAGCUGAUUUGUGGCCACAAAUCUGCAUCACAAAUCUCUAGUGUGAGUAUGGGGUGGGUGGAUUUUUCACUUUCAUAAAUCCCCGUAAGCAGGGACACGCUGGAGGAGCUGUUAGAUUUCAAGAGAGGUAUUACACAGCGCUCGCUAUGAAAUGUAAAAAUGUCUGGGUCUGGAAGAAUGCAACUUGUCAUGCUAAAUCUGAAGCAUGCAAAAAUCUGUGUUGCGUGUUUACCAAAAGCUGUCCACUUUUGACCUAAUCGAGAGGCAGUUUCUCAUGCAGGAUAGGCAUGAGAAAGGUCUCGCAGAAUCUGUCAUGCUAUGUCCCACAUACCAGACGAGACCUCGUGGGUCAUGGAAAACCUGCAUGACAAAAUCUGGCAAUCGUCUAGACCCAGACAUUUUUACAGUUGAUAAUCGCAGUUUCCGACCAAUUGGCUCCUUGCGGAGGGAGACGGGGUUUUCACGUUCAUCCGCUGCAGGGAAAACCCGGGAGGCGCCAUGGC